AUGUCACAAAUAAAUUCGGCUCUAAUUGUCGUUGAUCUCCAGGAAGAUUUUCUCCCGCCGACCGGAGCAUUGGCCGUGCCUCAGGGAAGGGAAGUGAUUGAUCCAAUCUUACAGUUAUUGGAUCUCGACAAGUACAAUUGGAAGACGAUCAUUGCUACUUUGGACUGGCACCCGUCAGACCACACUUCCUUUGCUAAAAAUCACGGUCAGGAGCCUUACACCACCAAGCAGUUUAAACACCCCCACAACGGGACCAUCAAGGAGCAGGUGCUUUGGCCCGUCCAUUGCGUUCAGAACAGCAAGGGCGCAGAGCUCGCACACGAGUUUAAACCGGUUCUGGAGGAUCUGCUACAAAAACAGCCUGUUCCUGUCUACACCGUGAAAAAGGGAUAUUUGCAGGACCGCGAAUACUACUCGUGUUUCCAGGACACCUGGGGGCUCCACCACACGGAGUGCGAGAAGAUCCUGCGCAAAAAUGGAAUAACACAUGUUUUUACUGUUGGACUGGCCUACGACUACUGCGUCCUCAACUCCUCUGUGGAUGCUGCCGACCUUGGCUUCCAAACGUUUGUUCUGAAAGACUGUUCGCGCGCUGUCGACCCAUCCGCCAACGACAAAACGGAAAGCGUGUAUCGAGAGCACGGCGUCAAGAUUAUCAAUCUUCAGGACGCUGCUCUUGCCCAGGUGACUAAAUGA